CAAAGUCUAAUCAGACACUCCUCCCUCACAAAGCCUUUAACCAGGAAAUGACUAGUUAUUAUUUCUUCUUUACUGAAAGCUAAAACUAGUGCUGUGCAUCAAAGGAGGACACGAUAAAUGAGGAUUACUUUGAGAAGCUUUUGCACAAAAUAGAUUUUGAUUGUAGUUAUAAUUGUUAGCCUAUUUACUUUUCAAAGUAAAGUUCAGAAAGUGAAAGUAAAUUGUAGAAGGAGAAGAGAAAAUGGAUUCCAAAUCUGUGGAAGAGCUUUCUUGUCCUGUGUGCUGUGAAAUCUUCAAGGAUCCUGUUCUUCUGUCCUGCAGUCACAGUUUCUGUAAAGAGUGUCUUCAACAGUUCUGGAGAACCAAGAAAACUCAGGAGUGUCCCGUCUGCAGAAGAAGAUCCUCAAAAGAACAUCCUCCACGUAAUCUAGCAUUAAAAAACUUGUGUGAUUCACUGAUAAAGGAGCGAAACGAGAGGCGUUCAUCAGGAUCUGAGAAGAUCUGCAGUUUACACAGUGAGAAACUCAAACUCUUCUGUCUGGAGGACAAACAGCCGGUGUGUUUAGUGUGCAGAGACUCAGAGAAACAUGUCAGUCACACAUUCAGACCCAUCGGUGAAGUGAUCUCAUCUCACAAGGAGGAAGUGAAUACAGCUCUGACAUCUUUACAAAACAAGCUCAAACAUGCAGAAGAAAUGAAAGCAGAGUGUGAUAAAACUGUUGAACACAUCAAGUCUCAAGCUGAGCACACCGAGCGUCAGAUUAAAGAGGAGUUUGAGAAGCUUCAUCAGUUUCUCAGAGAUGAAGAAGAAGCUACAAUCACUGCACUGAGGGAGGAAGAGGAGCAGAAGCAGCAGAUGAUGAAGGAGAAGCUGGAGGAGAUGAACAGACACAUCUCUGCUCUUUCACACACAAUCAAAGACACGGAGGAGAUGAUGAAGGACAGCGAUGCCUGCUUUCUGAAGUGCAGUUCUGAUCCUGAAUGUUCUUCCAGACUCCGGAUCCCAUCUCAGCCGGAUCCACAGAUGAGUUCUGGAGCUUUGAUUCAUGUGCCACAUUACUUGAGUAACCUGCGCUUUAGAGUCUGGAGGAAGAUGCAGGAAACUCUCCAACACACUCCUUUGACUCUAGAUCCAAACACAGCACAUCCUUGGCUCACUCUCUCUUCUGAUCUGACCAGUGUAUCGUACAGUGAUUUAUGUCAAAAUCUUCCUGAUAAUCCAGAGAGGAUUGAGAUGUAUCCAUGUUUUCUGGGAUCUGAGGGCUUUAACUCAGGAACACACUGCUGGGAUGUGGAGGUUGGAGAUAAUACAUACUGGACUGUUGGAAUAACCACAGCAUCAAACCAAAGGAAGGGAGAGGUUUUCUUUAACUCUAAUGUCUGGCUUGUGUGGUACAUGAACAGUAAAUACUGCUCAAAAUCCCCAGAUAAACCCUCGACUCGCUUCACAGUUAAAGAGAAGCCUCAGCGUGUGAGAGUUCAGCUGGACUGUGACAGAGGAAAGGUGUCCUUCUCUGAUCCUCAAACUAACAUCUGUCUCUGCUCAUUCACAACAACCUUCACAGAGACGGUCUUUCCUUUCUUAUAUAAUCGCUGCACAACUUCCCCUCUGAGGAUCUUACCAGUUAAACUGAUCGUAACAACAGAAAAUCACAGUUAAAUCUCUUUCUGCUUUUAGAUCAAUUAAGGUACAAUAAUUAGUUCAAUUCAAUUCAAGUUUAUUUGUAUAGCGCUUUUUACAAUACAAAUCGUUACAAAGCAGCUUUACAGAAAAUUAUGUUUCUACAAUAUUCAGUAGUAGCUUAUAAGUGGUUACUGUCAGUUUGUGCACGUAUGACAGGAUUUUUAGAAAAAUGAAUACAAGACAUAGUCAGCCAG